GGAUUGGGUGCUUUGUGGCCUGGGGAGUAGCGCCUGAACUUUUCGGGCCUCAGUUUCCCCGGCUAUCGAGGGGGCUGGACUAGAAUCUUCUCCUCUGGGGACCGCCUUCGGCGGGGGCGGGAGGGGUGACCGCAGCCGUCGGGGAUCCCCCGGGACCCGGCGGACGCCCCUUCUCCCGGGUUUGGGAUCCGGCCGGGAGCUCAGGUGCCGGGGUGGAGGCGGGGACAAGUUCUGGUUCCUGGUUCCUGGUUCCCGGACCCGCCCCCGGCCCUGCCCCCGCCUCCCGGCCCGACAGUCUGGCUGCGAGGCAGGAGGACCGGGAGAACUGCGUGCGCUCGGGGCGGGCGCCUCUAGGGUCUGGCGCGGCGGCUGGAGAGCCGGGGCGGGCCGUGGGAGAUCCACCCUCUGGGGAGGCCCCGGAGGGUGAAGGACAGCAGCUGUACAGCCAUGGAGGCCGAGCCUCCGCUGUACCCUGUGGCCGGAGCGGCCGGCCUCUUGGCAGAGGAGCCGGGAGCUGGAGUUCCCGACGGGGUCCUCCCGGACGGGCCCGAGCUGGACGAGUUCGUGGGAGCUUAUCCCGACUACAACGAGGAGGAGGAAGAAGGCAGAUACUAUCGCAGAAAGAGGCUGGGCGUGAUCAAAAACGUGGUGUCCGCCAGCAUCGGGGGGAUGCUCACCUACAGCGUGUACUUGGGGCUCCUCCAGAUGCAGAUGAUCCUGCACUAUGACGAGACCUACCGAGAGGUGAAAUACGGCAGCAUGGGGCUCCCCGACAUCGACAGCAAGAUGCUGAUGGGCAUCAACGUGACCCCGGUGGUGGCCCUGCUCUACACCCCUGUGCUCAUCAGGUUCUUUGGCACCAAGUGGGUGAUGUUCCUGGCCGUGGGCAUCUAUGCCCUCUUUGUCUCCACCAACUACUGGGAGCGAUACUAUACGCUGGUGCCUGCCGCGGUUGCCCUGGGCGUGGCCAUCGUGCCCCUCUGGGCCUCCAUGGGCAACUACAUCACCCGGAUGUCUCAGAAAUACUACGAGUACGUGAACUACAAGGAGGAGCACGUGCAGGAGCAGAGGCGGCCCCCGCGGGGCACCCACAUCCCUUUUCUUGUCAUCUUCCACACCGUCUUCUACAGCUUCUUCCAUCUCAGUUUUGUCUGUGCCCAGGGGCCCAUGGUCUUCUUCCUCAACAAGUACUUGUAUGAUCGGAAUCACACCCUCUAUCACGUGCGUAACUGUGGCACCAACAGCUCCGGGAUCCUCAUCGGCUUCAACAAGACCGUGCUGCAGAGACUGCCCCACAGCCAGAACCUCAUCGUGGUCGAGAGCGUGCUCAUGUCGGUGGCCUUCCUGGCCAUGUUGCUGGUCCUGGCCCUGUGUGGCUCUGCCUACCGGCCCACGGAGGAGAUCGACCUUCGCAGCGUGGGCUGGGGGAACAUCUUCCAGCUCCCCUUCAAGCACAUGCGUGACUACAGGCUGCGCCACCUUUUCCCCUUCUUCGUCUACAGCGGUUUUGAGGUGCUCUUCGUCUGCACCGGCUUCACUCUGGGCUACGGCGUGUGCUCCUUGGGGCUGGAAUACCUGGCCUACAUCCUCAUGGCCUAUGGCUUUGGAGCCGCCGUCUUCUCGAGCCUGGGGCUCCUCCAGCUGUGGCUGCCCCGCCAGGUGCCCCUGGUGGCCGGGGCGGCCGUGCACCUGCUGCUCAUCUUGGUUUUCUUCUUCUGGGCCCCCCACCCGCAGGUGGUCAGCCACAGCUGGGUCUUCUACAUGGUGGCCGUGCUCUGGGGCGUGGGCAGCGCCCUCAACAAGAUUUCACUAAGUACCCUCCUUGGGAUUCUGUACGAAGAUAAAGAGCGUCAGGAUUUCAUCUUCACCAUCUAUCACUGGUGUCAGGCCCUCGCCAUCUUUGCGGUCUACCUAGGCUUCAACCUGCCCAUGAAGGCCAAGCUGGCCAUCCUGCUGCUGACCAUCAUGGUGGCCGUGUUCUCCUAUCUGUGGAUGGAAGCCAAGCUUAAGCAGCGCGUGGUCUACCGCCUGCCCCGCAUCCCCCGGCCGCAGCACAAGGUGUGUGGCUACCGGUACCUGGAAGACGACAACUCGGACGAGACGGGCUCGGAGAACGAGCAGGACUCCGCGGGGAGCCAGGAGGGCUCGGCCGACGAGGACGGCGACGGGGAGCCCGCGGGAGCGGGGGCACCGGGCCCCGCCCGGAGGCGCUGCCCUUAUGAGCAGGCCCUGGAUGGGGAGGAUGGGCCGGGGCAGGAGUAGGGCGGCGGCCUGGGCUCCCUCCGUCCUGCGCCCUUUGUGUCCCUCCCCCUCCCCACCUCAGGCACCCAGAGCCGCCCCAGGUUGCACGGUUCCAGCCGGAUUUCACCGCUUUAGUCCUUGGCACACCAAAAGUAAGCCCUCUCCCAGGUCUUAGUUGGUUCAUCUCUGAAAUGGGCGGACUCCCAGAGGAACGUCGGACGCCCCUCCGACCUGCUCAACUCUCAGUGGGAGGGGUCCACGAGCCACCGUGAGCAGCCCUUCCGAGCCGGGAGGGGCCCAGCUAUUUCUGCGGCGCCCCCUCCUCCCCACCGCGGGGGCCAUCCGGCCUCUGAACCCCAGGUCUACCUCCUCAGGAAGCCCAGGCACUUCAGCAGCCAAGGGAUGGGGAACCCAACGUAAAACCCUCCCCAACCUGCCCUCAGGGAGCUUGCAGUCUCUGAGAGAAAACAUUAUGUAAAUAGAUAAGAGGAGGAUGGUGUGGUCCGCUCUGAGGCUGAGCUGAGGGGUGUUCUCCGGGCUGGACUGCUGGCCAAGGCAAAUAUACCGCAGCUGGAAAUGCCCCCUCCCCCAGCCCUCCUGCUGAUCCGGGGCCAAUCGGACAAAGUCUAGUUUCAAUUCCUCAUUGCGACUUUCACAGGGUUUGAAGGAAAAUAGUAAGUUCCCUUAAUAACGCCAGUCAACGGAAUGAAGGAAGGAAAAGAAGCAUUUAUUAAGCACUCACUAUGUGCCAAAGCCGGGGGGCUACAAAUAGAAGAGGUCCCCGUCCAAUGGGAAAGGCAGUACUUGUGGGGGAGCAGGGCCAUGAUGACCACGCUGGAACCCGAGCGGGGGUGGCGCCUCGUGUCAGAGGUCUGAACCGGAAUCCAGCCCCGCCCCAAGCUCCAGAACUCGGCUGGACGAGAGGGACGGGUGGCGGGCCUUGUCAGCCCUGACCCAGCUUGGUUUGCUUUCGCUCUACUUACUGAUUGCAAGUGAGGGCUGCCUUCUAUUGGGGGAAAUCAGGGAAGAUGACCGAGUUCACUUAAAAAAAAAACAUGAAUAAGACCACUUAAAACACACAGAAGAAAACAAAGUUAGGAAGGGUGCAAACAUGGGGCAAUUUUGUUACAAUCUUGUUCAAUUUAAGAUGCACUUAAAAACUCGACAUUGACAAUUUCAUAUAUAAUCCUCUUUUGUGUUCUUUGUAUAUUGAAAUCAUUGUGGUUUUGAGCAUUUUACAUUUCAAAAUAAAAUGUUUCUUUUUUAAAA